UAUCACAAGCAAAGGGAUAUGGCUCUUCUCCUUCAUACUCUCUUUAGGCCUACGCUUCACCACGCGCCACCACCUCUGAGAGGAAACCGUCAAUCUUCCGGUGUCUUUCAACCCUCCCCUUCACCGCAGCCCUUCUCAACCAAAUCAAGCUGCAAAAGUUCUCGUACCACCAAUGCCCCAGCUCUCCAAAGGCACUCAGUGGAGGACCGACGGGUCCGCCGGUGUCUAAAGAUGCAGGUAGCAUUCAAAGAUUGGCAUAGGUGGGAGGGAGGGAGAGGAAGGUGUUCUUUCAAUUUAAUUGUUUCAUGCUCAAAUGAAGAAGCCGGUCAUAGCGAGGAGGGCCUCCGAUCUAAUGGUAAAUGCCCAAGCAAGGAACGAAGUCACAGUUUUGAUAGUAGAAACUCUCAGUUUCUGCCAAUUGAGGAAGACAAAAGUACCGCUCCUUUUCUUAGUGCAUUGAAGGCAUAUGCGGAAAGGAAUGCAGCAGGAUUUACAUUUCCAGGCCAUAAUAGGGGCAUGGCCGCACCAUCUCUGCUGGAACAACUUAUUGGCAAGGGGCCCUUCCGUCAUGACCUAGCUGAGCUUGAUAAUUUCUUUUCUCCCGAAGGUGCGAUCCUCGAAGCACAGAAGAAAGCUGCAGAACUGUUUGGAGCAACAGAGACAUGGUUUCUUGUUGGAGGAACAACAUGUGGAGUGGAAGCGUCAAUCAUGUCAACAUGUUCACCGGGGGAUACACUCAUUCUUCCCAGGAAUUCCCAUAUAUCAGCAAUAUCUGGCAUGGUUUUAUCAGGUGCUUUGCCUAAGUACAUGAUUCCUGAGUACAACACCUCGUGGGGAAUUGCCGAUCGGAUCAAACUGCAUCAGGUGGCGAAGGCAAUUGAUGAAUUGCAUGAGGAAAACAAAGAACCAGCUGCAGUUUUUAUCACAUCCCCCACCUACCAUGGGAUAUGCAGUGAUCUGGAGAAGAUCAUUGAUCUAUGUCACAAGCAACAGAUUCCAGUGAUCAUUGAUGAAGCUCAUGGUGCUCAUUUCAAGUUCGAUUGCCGACUUCCGAGCACGGCACUAGAGCAAGGGGCAGAUCUUGUCAUCCAAUCCACCCACAAGGUUCUGUGCUCCCUUUCACAGUCAUCAAUGUUGCACUUAUCAAGUAGCAUGGUAGACAGGGAGAGAAUAUCCAGAUGCCUACAGACCCUUCAGAGCACCAGUCCCAGUUACCUGCUUCUUGCCUCUCUAGAUGCUACAAGAGCACAACUUAGUAAGAACCCAUAUACCAUUUUUGAUACACCAAUCCAAUUGGCUCACCAAUUGGCAGAUGAAAUUCAAACAUUGAUACCCAAUGCAUCAGUGUUGGAGUCAGCUGAUUUUGAAGGCAUGCCCAGGAAGGAUCCAUUGCGUGUGACAAUUGAUACAUGGAAAGUAGGAGUCCCUGGAUAUGAUGCGUAUAAGAUCCUACGUGAGGAAUAUGACAUCAUCCCCGAAUUGCGAUCACAGAAAUCAUUGACAUUUGCAGUCAGCUUAGGCACAUGUAGAGAGCAUAUUCAAAGGGUUGUUUAUGGCAUAAAGGAUGUGGCUGCUGUGCAUGGAUUAGACAACUCAGGCCGAGCCAUGAUCAACCAUUAUGAGUGUGCACCUUUUGGAGAGAUUAGCAUAAAACUGAGUCCAAGGGAGGCCUUCUUUGCAAGCAAAAGGAGGAUUAAUGUUGAGGAAAGCCUUGGUGAGAUAUGUGGGGAGCUUAUAUGCACCUUCCCUCCUGGGAUCCCGGUGUUGAUUCCAGGAGAGGUUAUAACUCAAAAUGCUCUCUCUUAUCUUAUAAAUGCAAGAGAUGGAGGUGCUGUGAUUAGUGGAGCAGCUGACUCUCAUCUUCAUUCUAUAGUUGUUUGUGAUACCUGAAGUUCCAUUUUAUUGUACUUUUUUUUUUGAACGAAUAAUAAAGUCACAUGCA